AUGAGUCGAUAUAAAUCAAUAAAUAGUUCAAUAAAAAGUCAUCAAUCAACAAUUAAUCUACCUAAAGAAGAAGUGAAUGUUGUUCUACUUGGAAAACAAAAUGUUGGUAAAUCCGCGUUAGUUGUUAAAUAUUUAACAAAACGUUUUAUCUGUGAAUAUGACCCAUUUCUUGAAGAUACUUAUUGGAAACCAGAUAUUGUUGAUCAUCAAGAAGUUCUUGUGAAAGUCAUGGAUACAUACGGAAAAGAUGAUAAACGUUUACCUUAUUAUUUAAAAUGGGCUGAUGCAGUAUUAAUAACAUAUAGUAUAACACAACAAGAUAGUUUUGAUAUGGCAUUAGCUUAUUUAGAUGCUAUAACAAGUUAUUCAAAAACUUUAAGUGUAUCAACAAAUGAACUUGUUCUUAUGUUAUUAGGAAAUAAACUUGAUCUUGAAAGAGCAAGAGUAAUUCCAAAAUGUGAAGGUGAAGCAAUAGCUGCAAAAUAUAGUUGUACUUUUUGUGAAACAACAGCAGCUGAUGAUUAUGAAUAUGUACAACAAUUAUUUCAUCGAACUGUACGUGAAGUACGAAAAGAACGUGAACGUGUUGUUGCAUCAAAUUCUAUUGAUGAAGAACCAACAGCAACAAUACCAAUAAAUUCACAUAUGAAUUUUCCUUCUCCAUCAUCAUCUUCAUCAUCAAGUUCAUCAUUACAUUUUACAAUAUCAAAUGAAACGGAAAAAAUACCACUUUCAUCCUCACCAGCUAUCCCAGCACCACCUCCAUUACCAGCAAAUCUUACACAAAAACCAGGCAAAUUAAUUAAACCUGAUUCACAAACAUCAAUAAGUUCAUCAACAUCAAAUUUAUUACUUUCGCAAUCAAAUAAAACAAGUUCACCUGUAGUAGCAACAAAUAACCCAUCUCAAGUAACAACAUCAACUACGAAACGACCACCUUCAAAAACAUCAAAUGUACUUGCAAGAAUUUUUAAAUAA